CCAUCAUUUAACACCCAACCUCCAUGGUUACGGAAUAUGAAUUUAAAACACACCACCACCACAUCCUAUCAUCAAAAUCAUGGCAACGACGACCGACACAGAUCCCAUCCACGCAGAUCCACCUCCAAACAAGCAGAUCUUCAUCCUCUCCGGACAAAGCAACAUGUCGGGACGCGGCGGCGUCUUAAAGAAGCUCCGCCAAUGGGACGGCGUGGUUCCACCAGAAGCACAGCCACACCCGUCGAUAUUCCGUCUGAGCGCGAAGAAGCAUUGGGAGGCGGCGCGUGAGCCACUACACGCCGACAUCGACACAAAGAAGACGUGCGGGGUGGGGCCGGGGAUGGUGUUCGCGAACGGAGUGAGAGAGCGGGUGGGGACGGUGGCGCUAGUGCCGUGCGCAGUCGGAGGAACGGCGAUCAGGGAGUGGGCGCGCGGGGAGAAGCUGUAUGAGGAGAUGGUGAAGAGGGCGAGAGAGAGUGUGAAGGGCGGUGGGGAAAUUAAGGCGAUUUUGUGGUUUCAAGGGGAAAGUGACACCACUACUGAACAUGACGCUGAUGCGUAUCGGGGGAAUAUGGAAGCCUUUGUUGCUAAUGUGCGCCGGGAUUUGGCCUUGCCUUCUCUCCCAAUCAUUCAGGUUGCACUGGCAUCAGGAUUGAAGUACAUUGAAAAAGUGAGGGAGGCUCAAUUGGGGAUGAAAAUGGAGAAUUUGGUGUGUGUUGAUGCAAUGGGAUUGGAACUCCAAGAAGACAACCUCCAUCUCACAACUCCUUCUCAGGUCAUUUUAGGGCAAAUGUUGGUUGAUGCCUAUUUCACCCACUUUACUUCACCAUGAGUAGUUAUCUUUGAUAACUAUUUGGUUUCGUAAUGUGUCGCACUUCCAAAGCUAAAGUUUAAGUGUUUAACAAUAAUUUUGAUCAGCAGAUGAGUCUACUGUAGAUCGACUUCAAGAGCAAAAGUGGAUCUCAACUUUGUUAUAUUCGAAAAUUCUUUUGCAAUGUGCUAUAUGUUGUUAACGGUUUUUGCAUCUGCUUGCUGUAUUUGUAACUGUUCAUUUAUUUUUAAUUUUUUGGUUCCUUAAAAAUCACUUAUAUAUAUUACUUUCACGUUUGAUGUU